AUGAAGAAAGCCACCGACAAUCGCAGCAAAGAGCCUAAAGUCGGUGAAGAUGACCAGAUCGCGUACAAUUCUAAUUGACAGCAGAGAAGUACCGCUAAGAACAACGGCAAGCAAGCGGCCGGCAGAUUCCUCAUCUCUCGUCCUCCACAACCGGCCCAACCAACGAACAGCAAUGUGGCCAAUGCACCCAAGAAGAGGGUGGAAGGAAAGAAGAAAUCCGCACCAUCGUCUGGAAGUGUCAUGAAACAUGUCUCUCGAAAGUACGAAAAUGCCAAAGGGCCGAUCGGCAAAGGUGACUCUCCUUUCCUUUCCUUUCCUUUCCGUGCAAUUAGUCUCUGUCGGGCUAACAUGCCGAUUACAGAUGCCUCGCGGCCUAUGAUGGGGACACCGAACGAUGGCGACACUGCACCUGUAAAGACACCAAGAGUCAAAACACGAUGUAGACCAAAGGAUCGCCCCGCUCAUGCUCGAGUGGUGGCCUGCAAGGACUGGCGUCAACGCAUGGCAGAGCACUGGGCAUCGGCCAAGACCGCAGCGCACGAGGAGCAAGCCCUCCCAAGCAAGAAGGACUGGCAGCCAUCUUCAGUCCCGCAACUUCCAACCCCGACCAGCUCUCCCUCUUCAGUGGUACAGUUGAUCGCGACGCAAGACUCGACCAUCCACCAAACCGACUCCCCGCAGCCAGAACAUCUCUACAUCGUCCUCGUCGCUUCCUGCCAAUACCGGGCGUUGCUGAGGUACGAGGUCGACGGGAUCUUCCGGAGCGUUUCCGAUGCAAAUCGAGCUGCCGCUUCUCGUCUGGAGACCGAAUGUCACCCUCAAAAGCCGUUCGAGAACAUGAGGAAUCUUCAUUUCCGAGCAUCGAAUGAAGUGCCCUGGUGUGAUGGGGAGGAAGGGCAGAAAUGGUUUUCCUCUGCGACGGGCGGGGUGCAUUUUUGUUAUAAUAAGGGCAACGGUGGUCAUGUGCGAGUGUACGUCGAUAGGCAGAUGCUGAGGCCCGCUGCAAGCCAGCAUAAUAAUGCCAUGGGGAGAUGA